GAAUGAGUCACAGAGUCAGAUGUCAUCACGUUUCGUGUCGUAUGUUUGGGUGUGUGUUACCUGACAUGAAACUGCUGACAGAAACUAACCGUCCUCGAGUUUUAUUCUUGAUUUUUUAUUUUUCUACUUUAUGUUUUAUUUUUAAAUCCUUCAGCGGUAUUUUUGCACGUUUUUAACUCAGAAAAGACGCGAGAAAUAGAGAGAGAGAGACAGAGAGGCAGCGAGAGCAGGUAUGGCACAACAGGCCGCCGCAUGACUGACAUUAAUGAGGUCGGAGGUGUACGCGGGGUUGGAACGAGCAGAGGACGAGGAAGUGAAGUUUGACUUUUGAAUUACGCAGAAAUGAGCGAGUUUUGUUUUUCCAAGCUGAAGAGAAAAACGUCUGUUGAUAGAUUUUCUAGUUUUUGUGCGCAAAUGCGCCCAAAUCCGGAGACGCCGGUGGCACUUUUACGCGCAGGACUUCUGUUGAGUUUAUUUAGUUUGUGCGCCUGUUUGGAUGACAGUUGUGUUCUGGGGAUCGUGGGACGGCCAAUGUCUCUGCCUUGCGUUCUCCCUGAGUUAGUCAACUCCGAGAAUGUCACCAUUGAGUGGAUGAGAGACAGUGAGUUGGUACUCAGGUCGGUAUGGAAGCCCGAUGGAAGUGUGGAGACAUGGAGCAAUAACAGAGUCGCAGUCCCAGCUGACGCUCCUCUGACUGGAAACGUGUCUUUAAACCUGCCAGCGGUUCGUCCCGUUGAAGACCAAAUGUCUUACAGCCUUUUCAUGGUGUUAGGGAAGAAUCAGAGCGCCAGGCUGUGCACCACAUGCCUCAGGACAGCAGCCAGUUUCAGCACCCCAAAGCUGGAGAAGGAAGAGGCAGUGCAGGGCGAUGAGAAGGUCUUCCUGUGUCACUCCACUGGAGGUUAUCCCACACCUGCAGUGUACUGGCUCAUCAACGACAGCGAGGAGCCCCCCGCAGGGUCGGUGAGGACUCAGAUGACAUCACUCCCAGACAAUCUCUACAACAUCACCAGCCACUUGACCCUCAACAUUUCCCACGACUCCAUUGUGUCGUGCAUCAUUGAUAACCAGUCGAUGAACCAAACCGUGAUGUCAACCUAUGGAGUGGAGGCCAGGCCUGUGACGAAUCGAGCAUCGUCGGCCAUGUGGAUGUUCAGCACAGGUCUGUGUGUGGUGGUUGGGAUCAUGGUGAUAGCUGGAGUGGCGUAUCAGAUCCACCUGGACAAAAUAAACAAGAGGAAGAAGGAAGAGCACAAACAACAAUGGAGAGGAUACAAAAGACGGUAUCAAUUCAGGUUGGAAGACGAGUUGAUGAACCAGGAACAAAGGGAGACGGAUGUUUGAGCCUGACGGUCACUUAAAAACUGAAGCCACAGAGCACUGAUGUGUAAAUAUGUUUGUUGUAAUUACCAUUUAAAUAUAGUUUUUAAGAUACUGUACAAGAACAGUUCUUGGUGGUUGUUUUGUUUAGUUUUUGUUUUUUUGAACCUAUUUGA